AUCUCCAGCACCGUCGCCCUCGCUAACACUGUACCCGCGUCGAGCGUGCAGGAGGAGGUGAAGCAAAGCCUCGUCGAGCAAACCAUGGCCGACGCCACCAUGGCCCAAGACCUUGCCGCGGCCGCGCGGCUGCCGCCGUCCAAGUCGGAGAACAUCUUCAUGCAGAUCGCCGUCCACCCGGACGGCACCAUCACGCGGCCCUUCGUGCCCUCCGUCCCGGCCUCACUCGACGCGGCCGUGUCUAGCAGGGACGUGCCCCUGGACGCCUCCCUCGGCACGUACAUCCGGCUCUACCUCCCAAACCCCGUCGACCCGCCGCCAUCCGCAAAACUCCCCAUCAUCCUCUACUUCCACGGCGGCGGCUACGUGAUCUUCUCCGCGGACACGGUCUUCUACCACGCCUCGUGCGAGGCCAUGGCGGUGGCCGUCCCGGCCAUCGUGGCCUCCGUCGACUACCGCCUGGCGCCCGAGCACCGGCUUCCCGCCGCCUACGACGACGGCGUGGCCGCCAUGAUGUGGCUUCGCGACGAGGCGCACCAGGAUCCCUGGAUCGCUGAGCGUGGCGAUCUCUCCCAAUGCUUCCUCAUGGGCAGCAGCUCCGGCGGGAACCUCGUGUUCAACGCAGCAGUCCGGACCAGGGGUGUCGACCUGAGCCCCGCCACCGUGCGGGGCGUCCUGAUGCACCAGCCCUACGUGGGCGGCGUGGAGCGCACGCCGUCCGAGGCCGCGUCCGAGGAUGACUUCAUGGUGCCGCUGGAGGCCAACGACAAGCUGAUCGCCCUCGCGCUGCCCCUGGGCGCGGACCGCGACCACGAGUUCAGCAACCCGGAGAAGGCGAUGGCACCCGAGGCACUGGCCGGCCUGCCGCGGUGCAUGAUCUCGGGGAGCGACGGUGACCCGCUGAUCGACAGGCAGAGAGGGUUCACCGCCUGGCUGCGGGACGGCGGCGUGGACGUGGUCGACAAGACGGACAUCUCCGGGUUUCACGCCGCUGAGCUCUUCAUUCCCGAGAAGGCCGAAGAGCUCUUCGCGGCCGUGCGAGAGUUCGUCCACGGCGGCGGAGGUGACGCUUGACGCUCAUCCGCUUGCUCGCCGGUCGGUCCUCGAUCGGCCUGGUUGACUUGAUGAUCCAUGUCAGGCAAUGUCCUGUUUCUGAACUUAAAUGUUAUGUCUUGUGAGCAAUAAUUCGCCACUGUUCGUAGCGUGGUGCUGUCCAUUAUUGAAGUGUUGUUGAAAACGUUCUUAUCUUGAAUUUACUGAUUUGUGGUGGUUUGUGGAUCACAA